AAGGGGGUGGGGAAGAAGCGAGGGUACGCAUCAAUUUGUACAGUCUUCAGUUGGCACCCCUGUUUUCCCCUGCAACGGGUAGAAAGGGAUUUCUUCUGCCUUAUUGUUAUCAUCCGAGCCCGUUGCAAUAUGAGCCGGCACGAGCCCGUGUUGACAGACGCCUGGGCUCCGAGGUGUGCGCGUCAGCGUGCAGCAUAAAGCGAGCCAACAGAGGGAGAGAAAGGAGAGGGAGAGGGAGAGCACGCAUCGCUGGAUAUUAUAGGUUUUGGUAGCUCUCAUGCUGUAACACACAGCCCAGUCAGUAAGCAACAGGAACAAGUUCAGCCCCUGCAAUGGCUUGUGUUGUAAUAUGGACGUUAUAACGAAGGAACAAUGAAAACACGGACACACAAAGAAUCGAUGCCCAUGCGUAGUGGGCGACGGCGGGGGGCGAGUGAGGAGAGAAGGGGUAGACGCCCGCACCCCAGCCCCACUUGCCCUGAACGCAACGAUAGACAGACGCAAAGAGGUGCUGUUGAGGAAUUGGCUGGAAAUCGCUUCAGUCGCAGAUCACAAGGGCAUGAUUCAUCAGAGAGUGAGGGGGAGGAACUUGUGUCUCCUCCAAAGAGGCAGAAAGUUCAGGAUUCCGUCUCUACCCCAAACCCCCCAACAUCAACACAUUCGACUGACAGCUCUGCUCCUUCCACUGUCCCACCUCCAACCUCAGUUGCCAGCCAAUCCAGAGAGAGUGACAAUGAAGAUGGCCAAUCCCAGGGCAGCAGGAGUUCAGUUGUGGGGAGCCUGGCCAAUAGCAGCAGCAGUCUGAGUAGUGGGCGGGAUAUAGACCAGGACAAUCGUUCCUCAUCCCCAAGUCUCUCCGCUUCCCCUCUGGGUAGCCUCGACUCUGAUUCCGAUGGCCCCGACUCACCAAAGCAAGGAGAGAGGGAACGAGAGAAAGGCAAGGAAAGCGGAGCAGGGAAGGUGGCAGGAGAGGAGAGGAGAACGCUACGAGACGGGAGAGGGGAGGACUCCUGUGGAGAUGGAGAAAAGCGAGAUGUGGAUGCAAGAAUUGAAGACUGUCCUUCUCUUAAGCCCCCCUCCACUCCAUGCUCUUCUUCUGGUCUGACUCCCUCUCUCCGUGGAGCAGGGGAUUCAUCAAAUGACAGCAAUAGCGGGAGGAAGUCCUAUUUCUCCCUGGACUCCAAACUGAUGUGCAAAGUUGAGUAUGGUGGACCGACAGGCGUUGAUGGUGCACUUAGUGGCAACCGAAUGAAUUCCAAAGCCAGCACACAGUGUGUGACAAAGACAACUAUCUCGGGAGAUUUUUCCCAUAACAGCCCCAACAUUCCACACUCCUUGCCCCCUCCUCUUCCUCCUCCACCUGCCCUGAAGCCCUUAGAGCUUGGGGGACAAAACCUGCCUGCUGAGGUUAAGACAGAAAGAGACAAAAUAGAAAAAGCAGACAAACUCUUGGACAAGCCUCAGUCCACUCCUCCUUUGCUGUUGCCACAGACUGGCCCCCAGCCACAGUCCCAGCCUCAGACCCAGACCUCCACCCACCCUCAUCACUACAGCUCCACCAGCUGGCAGGGUGGCACAGCAACUGGUUGUCAGGGGAGCUGGGGCUACACCCGUUACCCUAGCAACCACCACCCACACCAACCACAGCACCAACCCCCAGUGCAGCAGCAGCAACUUCCCUCUGUUUACAACCCUCCGUCCUCUCGCCACUCCUCCUCCCACCCCUCUUACCUCCCCCAUCCUCAUCCUCACCCCCACAGGGAGUACCUUCCCAGGUACGCUGGAGGGGGAGGGGACAGAGAGAGGGGGGCUGCAGGAGAGAGGGAGAGGGGAGUGAGGGGGGAGUGUGGGGGGAGGGAGAUGAACAGGGAGUUCUCUGCUCCCAUUGGCAGUAGCAGCAACAAUAGUAGUGGGGGUAAUACUAAUAGUGCUUGUGGUGGGAUGGGUGGGCCCAACAGCAUCCAAGGAAGGGAGUUUGGGGCUCUGUCUGUGGGUCAGAACCGGGAGUUCCAAAGUUCUGGGAGAGAAGGACCAAACUUAGGUCCUGAAAGAAGAGACUUCGGUCCAGCUUUCAGAGACAGGGAGCGAGAAAGGGAACGUGACCGUGAAGGAGGAAGAGAGUUUCCUCUGCCAAACCAAAAUCAGAGUAGAGACUUUGGCCCCAAUGGAGCUGGAGGGGGGCAUCCCAGAGACAAAGAUGGAGGCAGAUGGGGUGAGUUUGGGGGCCAGACAAGAGAGGUUGUAGGCAACAAUAACCCAAACAACAGCUCCAUCCCCCAGGGAAACCCUCCAAGUUCAACCACGGGGCUACCUGUCACCCCCAUGCUGAACCGAGACCCACCUGCAUCACCCCAAAACAACCCUAGUCACCCCUCUCAUUCCUCCCUGCCUUCACACCCCCACCCACAUCCCCCAAACUCCUCUAACCGAGACUUCCCUCCUCCAAUGGACCAGGCACAAACCCCCUCCUCUGGAGCAGACCACUUUCACAGAGAAUAUACUCCCACUGGAGGAAAAGACUUUCCUGUCGGGGGGCCUUCUUCUGCUGGCACAAAUCGAGAGUACCUCAGCUCCCCUGGGGUGACUCCGAACCUGGGACGAGAGUUUUCAGGGCCUGGAGGAACCCAACACCCCCAUGCACCUCACCCCCACUACCAGUCUGCACCCAGAGACAGAGAAAGGGACUCAAACCUGCGAGAGUCUGCUUUGUACCAAAACCGUGGAGGCCCAAACCAACCUCCUGCACUCUCUCCUUCCUCCUCUUCCAGCCACCAUGUACACCCUCCAAAUGCUCCUUACCCUCCACCACCACCUCAGCCCUCUCUAGCCCCACCUCAAACCUCCCAUGCCCAGGCACCCCCAUCAGGUAUGGCACCCAGUGUACGGCCCCAACACUACCAGUCCUCUGCCCAGACUCCUCCAACACCUUUGUCUCCCUUACCCAGCCCAUCCACCAAUCAGAUGGGAGGCUUCUCAUCUUUUCCUCCUGGCUCCACUUCUGCACCCAAUAUGCCACUUCCUGGGCCAGGUGUGUCAUCAAGCUGUUCAUCUGGAUGUCGCCCCUCCCCAUUCCACGGCACUUUGAACAGCCACCCUCCAUUCAGUGGAACGUACCACUCCAAUGGGAACAGUGGCAGUAACAUGCCUAACAGCAAUAGCAACAAUAGCGCACCCAAUAGCAGCAAUACCAACUCACAUUCACUCUCGCCUCAAAAUGUGUCAAAAGGACCUCCGCCUCUUAGUAACUCUGUUAACAACAACAGUGUCUCGACUCCUGCCUCCAGUUCUUCACUCCCCGGUGGAGAAGGACAUUCAGAUUCAGGCCCACCUCCCACACCUGUUAUAAAGGAAGAACCAAUAGAAGAGAGGGAAGAGAGUGAAAGCCCGCCACCGAUGUUAAGAAGCCCCUCUCCUGAACCCAAACCUGUUGACAUUCCCAUCCACGCCAGUCAAUCAGCACGGUUUCACAAGGUCCUUGACCGUGGACCCGGGAACUCCUGUGCCCGCAGCGAUGUCCUCUUUGUCCCGUUGGAUGGCUCCAAACUGUGGAAGAAGAGGAAUGAGAUGAUCGAAAGGGCCCGAAGGGAGGUCGAACAGCGGGCCAGAGACCUGCGAGAAAAAGAAAGGGAAAGAGAAAGGGAGCGUGAGCGUGAGAGAGAACUGGAUCGACAUCUACAGCAGCAGAAGGAUGUCAAUGCCGCUGGAGUGGGCCGCCAGGGUUCCUCACUCUUCUUUCCCUCCUCGUCUUCUAUCAUCCUUGACCCUUCAUCUUCCUCCUCUUCUUCCUCAGGCAACCCUGUCUCCCAUUCAUCCCCUCACCCCCAGCAUCAUCCCUCACAUCCACAUGCUCACCUUCCCCCAGCACACCAUCUUCAUCCCACCCUCUCUCACUCUAUCCCCCACUCCCUCCUCCUGCCAUCCAUGGGUGGGGCAUCAGCUGUGGUUGGAGGCCCACAAGGGGCCCUGGGAAUAGGUUUAGGAGGUCCAUACCUAGGCCCAGACACCCCAGCGCUGAGAACCCUGAGCGAGUAUGCUCGCCCUCAUGCUAUGUCUCCUCUCGGGGCAGCAAGUCGUGCCCAGGCACACCACCAACAAGUUCACCAUGGCCAUCCCCAUGUUCACCCAUCAUUCUUCCUUCCUCAAUUCCAAAACCAUGCUUUAGGCCACCCCCACCACCUGCCUACUGAUGCAGCUACAGCAGCAGCCAUCUUGGGCUUUUUGUAUGGUGGCAGUCUUGAAGGUGGUCCAGGUGUUGGUGGCCACCCAGGGAUGGCAGGAGGCCCAGUACCUGGGGGGAUUGGGGGUGCAGGAUUAGGAGGAGUUGGAUUUCCUCAUGCUGUGGCUGCACAUCGAGAUCGAAUAAAGCAAGGAUUUGAAUUUAAGAGUGAUGAGCGUGUUUACCCACCAGGGUCUAUACAUGAUCAUGCAGCUCUGGCUCUUGCUCACUCACAUUCGCAUGCCCAUGCUCAUGCUCAUGCUCAUGCCCAUGCCCAUGCCCAUGCCCAUGCUCAUGCCCAUGCUCAUGCUCAUGCUCAUGCUCAUGCUCAUGCCCAUGCCCAUGCCAAUGCCCAUGUGCAUGCACACCCCCUGCUCCUUGGAGGAGGUUCUGGGGCACCUAAUGAGGUGUCUCUCUAUGGCACUCCUCCUCCCCCAGCUCCUCCUGGCCCUCCACACCUUCAGAACCCAACCAUGGCCCCAUUAACUCGACCUCCCAACCCUCCGGCCCCUCAGUCUCUGUCCAAUCCACCUCCCUCAUCUCUCCUCCCACCCUCACUCCCCUCUCACCCAUCAUCUGCGGCACCUACUGCCCCGCCAGCUCCGGCAGCCCCUGCCGCUCCUCCGCCAGCUCCUCCUCCACCAGCUCCACCGACCUCCAAUGCCGCCUCACCUCACCACCCAGUCCCUCAUUCUUCUUUUCCCAGCUCCCUGUCCUCUCAUCAGCCACCAGCCCCUGCUCCUGCCACUCCCACUGAGGCUUACCCCACUCCGACUCGCUCACCCGCCUCUUUUGAACGAGACAGGAAUGGGGAAAGAGAGCGGGAGAGGGAGAGAGACAGAGACAGAGACAGAGACAGAGCAGCUUUGCCGCCCUUUGGGGACAGAGAGAGAGAAAGAGAGAGGGAGAGAGAAAGGGGAGGAAGUGGUGGAGGAGGUGGAGGAGGAUCGAGUGGGGGAAGUGGAGGAGGAUCGAGUGGGGGAAGUGGGGGAAGUGGUGGAGAAAAUCUGGGACGUCUUCAGAUGCUAAAUGUGACGCCUCAUCACCACCAGCACUCACACAUCCACUCACAUCUUCACCUACACCAGCAAGACACAGCGGCGGGCGGGGUUCACCCCCUGAUGGACCCGUUGGCGUCGGGGUCUCCUUUGGCACGCCUCCCUUACCCAGGAGCCACACUAGGCACUCCCAUCCUGGCUCACCCCCUCACUGACAGCGAGGUGCUCCGCCAACAGCUGUUCGGUGAGGAGAAGGCUCCUCGUCCAUGUGCUCCUUUCCGUGACUUGCCCCAGCCGUCCUCCCUCACUGGUCCCAUGUCAGCGGCCCACCAGCUCCAGGCCAUGCAGCAGGCCCAGAGUGCAGAGCUGCAAAUCCAGAGACUGGCCCUGGAACAACAGUGGAUCCAUCACCACCACCACCACUCCCUCACCCAGGACGAGUAUUUCAGUCACCUGAAGAAAGAAAGUGACAAGACCCUGUGAGGGAGGGGCACAACAAAGAGCAGCAUGGAGAAAACGAGGGAGAGAGUGCGUGUGCAAAAUAAAACGAAUAAAGCAAAGCAAAAGCACUGGAACACAGUGAAGGAAUAAAGACUCAAAACAAAAGCUGGACUAAAGGACGGGGAAUUCGUUCAAGAAAACAAGAAGAUUUUGAAAGAUUAAAAAAAAAAACAGAGUGGAGGAGGGUGUGAAAUGUUCACCACCGUAAAGAUCCAGACUCCAGUGCUUCCCUGCAUUAUGUUCUUGAACUCCAGUCCUGUUUUGUAUUGUGCUCCGUACAGUAUAUUAGAUGGGGCAGCUAUAGUGAAGUACAGUAUGUGUAAAAUACUUUUGCCAGAAGGAAUGUGUACAUGAGUCUCUUUUCUGUCAUUGCAUGUAGCUAGGCGCUUAUUCUGAACUGGUGGAACUUUUGGUUCUAUUUUUAGUAAUUACCCCCUCUUUUGUAUCCGAGGGGCGUUCUAUAUGCAUGAGACCAGCAAUUUAGUGUUAUGUUAUGUUUAUGAUCAAUAGUAUUGUUAUUAUGAUUAAUGUUGUCUGUUUGUUGAUAAUGAUAUAAUUAUAUAUACAGUACAUAUUAUUUUUAUUAUUUUUUUACAUUUUCAUGGUAUGGCAGGCAGUUUUUAUUUUUAUUUUUUAUGUUGAAUUUACCUUGUGAAACAAGAUGCAAAUGAAGGCAAAAAAAUCUGGAAAUAAAUUAUAAUCUUUU